CAGAGUGCAUUUUUGGGUAUAAAACUGUGUUUUGUUGGAUUGAACUAAAUCAGUUGACGGUAAUAUUCGUUGUGUUGCGGUACGAAAAAAUUGUGGAUAAAAUGUUGUGCCUUAAGACCGCUUUUAUUUGUUUACUGUAUGUCACCUGUGCUCUAGCUGAAGCGCCAUAUCCAGCGCAAGGUUGGCGCCCACUGCGUCCCUUUGACUUGCCGACUGACUACUUGCCUCCGACACGUGAUAUUGAGAAACAACGUCAACCACCAAAACAACCCAUAUUUGAUGUGGAACUCAAUAAGGAGCGUAUAGAAUUUGUGGGACAAAUACAAAAUAACAUUUUGAGCUCGUUAAAUAGACGACCGGCUGAUGCAUACUUGCCACCACGAAAGCAGAGCGCUGAUUUUGAUUUGAAAGUACAACGUCCGCCCUAUCGGAAGCCGGGACCACAAUUCGUAUUGCAAACGGCUGGCUGCCGGCCACAAGGGCAACAGAACACUAAAAUCUUUCAAAUAUCGAACACUAAGCGACAACGUCCACAACAGCCGACAAAUUUCGCCUUCGGAGUGCAACAACAAAGUAAAUUAUCAAGGCCAGCACAAACUUAUGGGCCCCCAAGCGAUGGGGGAGAGCAAACAUUUACCAUUAACUACCCGGAUAUACAAGAUUUAGAGCCACGACAGGCUGAUCCCGAAUUGGAGGAUGCAGCACGCAUUGCCAUCGAAGCGCUUAAUGCAGCCAAAGACGCUUACAAUCGCAAACUCGAAGCAGAUGCAGCGAGUAAUGAUGAGGGUGUAUCAGAAGCUGAUGUGCAGGAGGUUAACAUUGAUGGUACAAGGAAAUCAAGUGGUGGCUACCCUGCAUCACGUGCUACUCGUGGUCAAUAUUAUGUUUUGGGACCUGAUAACCGGCUGCAGUUGGUGCGCUUCACAACUACACAAAGUGAAGAAGAAGCACGUAGAAAUGGUGGCUUCACCGCACAAUUGCAGUAUAUGCCUGUGGGUGAAAUUAACGAUCCGAUUUUUAAAUCCAAUAGCAAUGGGCAGUUAGUGAGAAUUGUUAAGAAAUAAAAUUCAGUUCUACGAUGAGGGAGCCAUGAAAUAUAAACAGUAUCAUAACUGUAAAUCAAAUAUGAGAAAUAUGUACAUAUGUAUAUGCAUUUGUAGAUGAAUAAAAGUACAUACCUUUUAGCUA